AUGCCUUCCCUCCGACGGAGUGAAAUCGCCGUCCCCCUUUUCUCCGAUGAUCGGUUGUGUCUUGCUGCGGGGCGGAACUUGGUCGACGGCAUCCUCCUGGUGGUCGGGGCCUGUAUGGGAAAAGUAGAUUUCGGCCGAGACCUGGAGGAUGUCCGCGAUGGCAAGUUUACGCAGGAGGCUUGCGUACCGCCGCCCGACUCUUAA